AUUUUUGUUUUCGGAUUGACAGAAGCCGGUGUCUAUUCUAAAUCGGAUGUCAUUAAGUGCUCCUAAGAAUGAAUUCGUUUUAAAAAUGCCAACAAGAUUUCUGUUAUGUUCUUCGAUUUCGAAAAUUAAUUUACACAUUCCGGAUGUUUUGAAGCGGAGACAAAAGAAAAAAAAGGAAAUUGCAUCCUGGGAUUGAAGUGAAUAAAUGUGGUCGUCAAACGCAAUUUAAAAACCAUUAAAAACUUUCAAACUUCUUCCGUCACAACUAUCAGAUUAGAAAAUGGAAGAGGAAAAAUUUUUCCACGUAAAUAAGAAACUGAUUCCAGCUAAACUUCAUUACCUCUUUAUGUUCGGUGGUUAUGGAGGAGUCAGUCCAUUUUCUACUUUACUUGGUAAAGGCCUCGGUAUCAGUGCUACUGCUGUUGGAUUCAGCAAUACAACCCUGAUGGGUUUUACUCUGUUGUCCAAACCGUUCAUGGGUUCAUUAGUGGAUUACUUCAGAAGCAUAAGGUUCUUUUUGAUCUUACUCAUUCUUUUAAAUGCGUUCAGUUCUUUAAGUCUCCUUUUGUUACCACCUAUUGAAAGAAAGCCACAAGAGCCAAUACAUCUGAGACUUCGAAUAUCAAAUAAUUCUCAAGACUUUAUUCCUCUCCCGUUUUCAUUCAACAAUGCAUGUAUCAAGGAAAUAGCAGGAGAUUCAGAAAUAAGCUGUUAUGCAGUUCUGUUUAAAAAUACUUCAAGAAGUAUAAACUAUGAAGAAAAGGCGAACGAAACCAAUGAUCUUCAAGACUUCCAAACUUCAAACCUGACAGAUUUUAAUAAUAAUAACAAUACCAUGAAUGCGACAUUUUCUAUGUAUGUAUCUUUAAACAAUCCUGAAAAUAUAAGCAUGUCCGAUUUAGACCAAUCUAAGCUGUUACAUGUUAAAUGUGAACCUGAAAUAAACUCCUGUAAAUUUCAAGACGAAGGUUUAGUGAAUGAGUAUGAAACCUACCAGUUUUGGGCAUUCGCGUGCCUACUCAUAAUAGCAGGAUUAGCUUCAGGAAAUGCUGUUUCUCUUUCUGACGUUGCUUGCUACGAAGUUCUAGGCGAAAAAAGACAUCUUUAUGGUCGUCAACGGCUCUUUGGAACUGUCGGAUGGGCCUUGGCAUGUCUUCUUAGUGGUUACCUCAGUGAUCUUGCUACCGGAAACAAAAUAAACAAAGAUUAUUCUCCAGGAUAUUAUGUCAUGGCGUGUUUGCUGCUGAUAGACACAUUCAUUUUGUUCAAAAUGCCAUCUGUCAAAGUGAAACUAUCUACUGACAUAUAUAGAGAUGUAAAAAAAGUAUUCCACUCCAACGAAAUAAUACUUUUCGCCAUCGGGGCAAUUCUGAUUGGCUCCUUUGCAGCAAUCAUAAGUUAUUACGAAUUGUGGUACUUGCAAGAUCUAGGAGCCAGUCAAAGUCUAUUGGGAUGGGCGAUCAUUGUUCAGUGCUUAAUAGCUGAGGCGCCAUUCUUCAUAAUCUCUGGAUGGUUUGUCAAGAAAUUUGGAAGUUUUAACUGCCUCAUCGGCUCCUUCUCAGCAUAUGCACUUCGAUUCGGUUGUUAUUCGAUCAUCACGAAUCCAUGGUGGGCGCUGCUCAUUGAUACCACUCAUGGGUUUACAUUUGCUAUGUUUCAUGCUGCAAUGACAAAUUUUGUGUCAGUGAAAGCCCCUGAUGGAGUUGAAGGCACCAUGUUUGGCAUUUUCGGUGGGCUCAUUGAUGGAAUGGGUCAAGCUUCAGGCAGCCUUCUGUGCGGAGCAGCGUUUGACAAGUUUGGGGGGCGUUUGACAUUCACAAUAGCAAGUAUCUUCAGUGGAACAUGCGCAUUAGUUUUCAUUAUAUUGUCCAGACUCUUAAAUAAAUGUUCAGAUAGAACUAGAAAAAAUGAUAUUUCUUUAGAGAAGCAAACACCAUGAACUUUAAAAAGAAAAUCGAAGAGCUCAUCAAUAGAUAUCCAUAUAUAUAUAUUAUUUAUAGAAUAUUGAAAUUUAA